CAGACGUGCGUUACCCAUAUCCGGGUUAGAAACGGAAAAAAGUUUCAUUUAAGCCUGAACCAAAACUUUCAGCAUGAAGCAACGCUGAUAUCGCCUCGGCAGCAACUGGAAGCGAGACAUUUUGCCAUUGGAUACAAGGGGGGAAAACGAUUUGAUUUCACGGUUUCUUCAUUUGGCAAUAUUUUUUGUCACGUUUUCCCUUAUUUUUCUUUGCGUGCGCAACUGAGCCAGUGCCCGAGAUGUUGGAGUGAUCAUGGCCGCGCAAGUGGCACCAGCCCCGGCUGCAUCCAGCACGAAGAACAAUAAUUUAUCAGGAGCUUUGGGACAAGAUCUAAACUCGGGGAAAAAGGGAGGAGUAACGGCUCUAGGUGGAGGAGACGUGAGGAACACGAAUAAUGUAGAUCACACUCGUCCUGAUGAACUGAGCUUGUCUCAACGAACUUGCGCGUCUGCGAACAGUUCCCAGCAGCAACGUGGAAAUAUGACAACUUCGGUAUCCUCUUCAUUGUCGUCGACCUCUCCCACAAUGGAAACGGGUUUAGUGGCCAAUCUUAAACUGAAAAAUACUGGUGGAGAGCUUCAUACGUCUCACCAGUCGGCACCGCUACAAUUUAGCCAAUUUCAGCAGCAUAAUCAGCGUCAAAUACAAAGUAAUCACAAUAGCCAAGGAUCGUCACAAGGAGAGUCGGACAAUCAACGCGGAGGGAAGGAAAAUGUUUUAGGAAGCCACUCUGAACAACAAAUUUUGAGUAAAAGUGGUGAUGAUCACCCUUGCAAACCCGGGGAGCCGAUGGGCAGCAGGUACGAACAAGGCAACUUAGGACAAACGAAUAAUAGCCAUUCCCAGAACGCAGGAGGCAAAGGCUCAAUGUCUGACUUCAAUAAUUAUUUUGGAAAUUCAAGAAUAGGCCCUUGCUUUGAUCAACAUGGCGGACAACAAAGCUUUGGAACGGGUUUGAUGUACUCUACUCCUUCUAAUAAUGUGGAACCUGCAACAAACACGCACGAUGCGUACCAUAACAGCCAGUAUAACCACUAUCCGGGCUACCGUCACGGCUACGGUGGCGCGGGAUAUGCCAUGAUGGGCGCAUCGCGCCAAAGCGGCAGCUCAGCCUCCAAUCACGCCAAAUCUGCAAUGUCUUCAUCUGGCAGCAAUGUUGGGGGCUUUCAGAGAUUUCCAGGACAAAACCAACAUCCUUCGGGCGCAACACCGACGCUAAACCAGCUGCUUACGUCUCCGAGCCCAAUGAUGCGCGGCUACAGCAGCGGAUAUUAUGACUACAAUAGUAAAGAUAUAAGUUCUCAGUACGGCUCUACGGCGCCUGGAUGGGGAUGCCAAAGAAGUCAUCCUGGAGUGAGUUCUGGGAACAGUGUGCAAAGUAUGAGCCGAAACCAGGUAGGCUCAGUGGACUUCAUGGCGAUGAAGCGCUCCCAGCUGUAUGGGAUGGGCGGCAGUCCAUACUCCCAGCAGCAGCAGCAGGGUGUCCCCUACCCCAGCCAGCCGUAUGGAUCCCCUCCUCCACACAGAUACACAAUGGGAAUGCAGGGGAGGGGCCAGAUGGGCAUGGGCGGGAUGCCGUACCCCCAACAACAGGUGACCCCUCCCUUCGGCCAGCAGGGCUUGGGUGGAUACUGUCCACAGGGCCAGCCUCCGUACUACAGCCAGGCCCAGCUGCACCAGCAGCCCCGGCCCGUGACCCCCGCCCAGGCCCCCUACGCACAGCCCCGCACAGCUCCGCAGCAGGAGGCCCCGGACAACUAUGGAAACAGAAACCAAUCUGUUGGGAAUUCUGGGAAACCCAAUCAUGAUGAAAUGGGCUUGAUCCAGCAAGACCGCCCUUCCAGCCUCCCGGAUCUGUCUGGCUCCAUCGAUGACCUGCCCACGGGGACCGAGGCCGCUCUCAGCUCAGCUCUCAGCGCCUCUGGCUCCACUAGCAGCCAGGGCGAACAAAGCAACCAGGCUCAGUCUCCAUUCUCGCCCCGCGCCUCGCCCCGCCUACCCGGCGUGCGCAGCGGCCCUUCACCUUCGCCUGCAGCCUCACCCUCUGGCUCCAGCCACUCCCGCUCUGGCCCCCUGUCCCCCGCCAGCGGUCCAGGGUCCCAACUAGCUCCACAAGCCCCAGGGAACAUGUCUGAUGUCAGUUCCCACCCUACUAUGAACCAGAUGCCUAUGUCUCAGGAUAGAGGGUUCUUACCCAGCAUGCAGAGGAGCCAGAGUCAGUAUGCUCCCCAGCAGUGCGGGCCUCCUAUGUCCCCACACCGUACUGCAGUUAGCCAGAUGCACCAUGGGAUGGUUCCAUAUCAGCAGGGCAAUUCCACUGUUCCCUAUGGGCCUCCAACUGGCCAGUAUGGCCACCAAGGUAAUUACUCGAGACUGCCUCCCUAUGGUGGGGUGGCCAACGCUAACUGCAGUGGUGCUCCAGGGCCUGGCAUGAGCAACUGCCUGGGCAUGAACGCCAGCAGCCCCAUGCAUGGCCAGGGACCGGGGCAGCCCGUGCCCCUGGGACGCAGCCCAGGAGCUAACAACCGCCUCUACCCAGCCAGUGGGACCAGCCUGACGCCCUCUUCACCCAGCACACCCCAGAACACUGGGCCAGGAAUGGGACCUCCCGUGGGAGGUGUGAAUCGCAAAGGCCAAGACGGUGUGACAGCUGCAGGCGGUUCUGCACAGGGGAGGCAGGGGGGGGGUUCUGGAAUGAUGGGCCCCAGCUCCACAUACAGCCAGCCAGCGGGUAAUGCCACAGGGAUGAUGUCACCCCGGGGCUCCACCUCCAGCACUUCUCCCUCAGGGGCCAUGGGUGAGAGUGGAGAGAUCCUAUCAGCUGCUGACUCCAAGCAGAAAGUCAGCAGUAAAGAGGAGGGGAUCCCUUCUGCUGAACCCCCCAAACCCAAGGAUGGCUACAGCUCGCAGUGUGUGUCGCAGCCCCCUACCCCCUCCCCUCUGUCCCCGAGCCCAGCCAGCCUCUCCUCUUUCCACGGGGAUGACAGUGACAGCAUCAGCAGUCCCGCUUGGCCCAAGACUCCCUCUAGUCCGAAGUCUAGCUCUGCCACCAUGACCAAUGAGAAGGUCUCGAGGCUGUAUGACAUGGGAGUGGAGUCAGAGAGGAAGAGCUGGGUGGACCGCUAUAUAUCUUUCAUGGAAGAGCGGGGCACACCUGUUCCUCACCUCCCAGCCGUGGGCAAGAAGCCCCUCGACCUCUGCAAGCUGUACAUGGCUGUUAAGGAGAUGGGAGGCCUGGCCAUGGUGAAUAAGAAUAAGAAAUGGCGUGAGCUCUCUUCCACACUCAGUGUGGGCACCUCCAGCAGCUCCGCCAGCUCUCUGAAGAAGCAGUACAUCCAGUACCUGUUUGCCUACGAGUGCAAGGUGGAGAGAGGAGAGGAGCCUCCUCCUGACUCCUGUCCCACCGGAGACAGCAAGAAGCAAGCCAAGAUCCAGCCACCAUCUCCGGCCAACUCAGGCUCUCUGCAGGGCCCCCAGACCCCCCAAUCUACAGGCAGCAGUUCCCUGCCCGAUAUGCCCAACGAGGUCAAACCCCCCACCCCAUCCACCACACCUCUGGGACAAACCAGCACGGCGAGCAACAGGAAUAGUUCUAUAAGUAUUCAGGACCCCUUUUCAGAAGUGAGUGAUCCUGCCUUCCAAAAAAGAAACAUAUUGAGCUCUGGAGGCCCUUAUCAGUCAGGCAUGAACAUGGAUCCCAUGAUACGGAUGCAGUUUGAAAAUAAGGACCAUUUUGCUGGAAUGAGGAAGGCUGCAGGUGGAGAGCCGUGCAUGCCAGGUCAGAUGCCCCCUACUGGAGUGCAGGAUAUUUAUGGCAGAAAUGUUUCUGGCGGACCCAUGACUGGCAUGGGCAUGGGCCAGCGCGCACAGUACCCUUACGGGCCUGGAUAUGACCGGAGGUCAGACCACUUAAUGGGGAUGGAAGGGAACAUGGGUCCCCCUGUGAAUCAAGGAAACAUGGGCCAUGCCAACAAUGAUGGUAGCAUGUAUUCUCCUAACAGAUACCCUAAUCAACAAAGACACGAUAACUAUGGACAACAGUACCCAGCUAUGCCAUAUGGUGUCCACCCAUCCGGGAUGUACCCUCAACAACAGGGCUACAAGCGACCACUUGAUGGGAUGUAUAGCCCUCCUGCUAAGAGACACGAGGGGGAGGUCUAUGGCAUGCAGUAUGGAGGGCCACAGCCAGACAUGUAUGGCCAGUAUGGGGGUAAUUACUCAGACCGCCGGCCCAUGCAGGCCCAGUUCCCCUAUCCAUACGGACGGGACAGGCUGCAGAAUGCCAGCCAGGGAGCUCAGCAGCAUCCUGUGCAGCACGGCAUGGUGGCUGGCGGGCAUUCGGCAUCGACAGGUGACGCGCCAGCACACAACAUGUGGCCCUCAAGGACAGACAUGCCCUAUCCCUACCCAAGCAGACACGGCAUGUCGAGCCAAGGUGCUCCUUAUUCAGGUAUGGGACGUGGCGAUGAGAUGGAUGGAGCCAGGGUGGACAGCCAGUGGCUUGGGCAUCAGCGCCAGUCACCCUACAUACCCGGCCACUCCAGCGCCAUGCCCCCUAUGGGAUCACGACAGCCUCCAUCCGCCUACCAGGCCUCUAACCACAUCUCUCGUGACCCAAGCCCUGGCUCUUUCCAGCGCUCCAUGGAAGCACACAUGUCACCCAAUAAGGCUGUAUUUAUGCAGUCUGUGAAGAUACACAAGCCAGGCAUGCCCAUGCCAGGUGGGGCAGGUAGUGGACUCCCAGGCCAGCUGCCACCCAAUCUGAGGAGAGACUUCAACUGUCCACUGGGGUCUGUAGAGGGGACCCAGCCCCACCUAAAACCUCGGCGCAAGCUGACCUCAAAAGACACUGGAACCCCAGAGGCAUGGAGAGUGAUGAUGUCACUCAAGUCUGGUCUUCUGGCAGAGAGUGCAUGGGCUCUGGAUACCAUUAACAUCCUUCUGUAUGAUGACAGCACUGUAGCAUCCUUCAACCUGUCUCAGUUGCCUGGAUUCCUUGAGCUCAUUGUUGAACAUUUAAGAAGAUGCUUGAUCGAAAUUUUCGGGAUCCUGGAGGAAUAUGAGGUGGGCACCCUUGGCCAAAAGACUCUGCUGGGGCCAGUUCAAGACCAGAAAGAAGAGGGCUUACCAGUGUCAGAGAGCUCUUGUGAGCCAGAGUCCAGCCAGGAAGCUAGACAUGAAAAUUCCACUGAAGAACCAUCUGUCCCUGCUGAGAGAGAUCCAGAGACAAAUAUGGAGAAUGACCAAAAGAAGCAGAUACUGAAAAACGAGAAAGACGCAAAGGAUGUACAGGGAGUUAUAAAGGAAUUGGAGGAUAUUAAGGAGCCUCUUGAAGGCCAUUUAUCCUUAGAGCCUGAACCCAGACCCAAACAGGCUAGCAAGUAUGACAAGCUUCCUGUGAAGAUUGUGCCCAAAGAUGACUUCAUUGAAGAUAUUUGUGAUGAGCUUGGCCAAGUGCAGGAGUUCACUAGUGGACUACUUCAUUGGAGAGCAGGUGGGGGAGACUCCACCAGCCACAUCCAGACCCACUUCGAUGCUUGUGGGGAGCAUGCCACUACAAAUGCACAGGGUAAGCAACACAGCAGUACUUUAAAAUCAGAUGGGGCAGAUAACAGUCAAGUCGCGACCAUAGAUGAUGUGCUGUGCCUCAGAGCAAGAGCUCUUUCUGAGGAUGAGAGCCCUUCGACCUCCUCAAGUGAUGCAUCGUAUUCAGUUUGCCUCCACAAGAACCGCAAGGGGAUCACUUUGCUGGAAGAGGAGCCGUGGUGUCCGGAUGAGACACCCCUCUCCACGGUGGCCAGCUGGCAGGACUCUCUGGCCAAGCGAUGUGUGUGCAUCUCCAACAUCGUACGCAGCCUCUCCUUCAUCCCCGGGAACGACAAGGAGAUGUCGAGGCACGCGGGCCUGGUGCUUAUCCUCGGCCGACUGCUGCUUCUGCACCAUGAGCACCCUGAGAGGAAGAGGAGCGUGCCCACUUACGAAAGAGACGAGCUCCCCAAGGAGGAAGAGGGACUGGCCUCUGGCAGGGAUGAGUGGUGGUGGGACUGUCUGACAGUGCUGAGAGAGAACACCAUGGUAACUCUGGCCAACAUAGCUGGACAGCUGGACCUGUCAGUGUACCCGGAGAGCAUCUGCCUCCCCGUCCUCGAUGGCCUGAUCCACUGGAUGGUGUGCCCUUCAGCAGAGGCCCACGACCCCUUUCUUUCGGUCGGGCCACAUUCGCCGCUUAGCCCCUGGAGGCUGGUGCUAGAGAGCUUGUGCAAGCUCAGCGUUCAGGAUGGCAAUGUUGACCUGAUCCUGGCCACACCUCCACUGGGUCGCCAGGAAAAGCUAUUUGGCGUGUUGGUGAGGCAGGUGGGGGAGCGCAAGCAACAAGCUUACCGCGAGAUGGCAGUAGCUGUUCUGACCAACCUGACCAGGGGGGACUGCUCCGCGGCUCGGGGCAUCGCUGUACAGAGAAGCAGCAUUGGCAACCUUAUAGGUUUCCUAGAGGAUGGCAUUACCAUGACUCAGUACCACCAAAACCCGCACAGUCUGCUCCACAUGGGGCAUCCUCCCAUGGACCAGCCCAGUGUGAACAUGAUGUGUCGAGCUGCCAAAGCACUGCUCGAACUGGCCAAGGUGGAGGAGAACAAGCCUGAGUUUGUGCUAUACGAAAGCAGGCUACUGGACAUUGCCAUAUCCACUGUGCUUAAUACAAGUGUGGUGGCCAUUGUCUGUGAAGUUCUCUUUCAGCUGGGCAAGUCAUGACAGACGGGGAAAUGACUUUAGAACCGUACAACACAAAUCACAUGGAUGAGGCACUUUUAUAUUUAUAUUCAAACAGACAAAAAAAAAUUGUUGGUUUAUAUAUACAUAUAUGAAAUAAAUCUUUAUGUAUAGCUUAUGUGCCCAUGUACCACUUUCAUUUUGGAAUUUUAGAAAAUGAUUUUAAUACAGAUAUUUAAUAUUGCUGUUUGAAUGUUUGUCUUGUUUAUUUUGUUUUCAUUUUAGUAACCAAAGGCAAUAUCUGACUUUUGGUUCAUCAGAUUUAAGAUGAUGUUUUUUUCUCUUCACUUUAUAAACUUUUGGAAUUUUCUAAAUGUAUAUUAUCAGUAUCUGUGGAUUUGGUUUCAAAAGCAGAAUUAUUUAAGAUUUGAGAAUAUUGUAGAUAGACCUUCGUUUGGCAUUUGUUGAGAUGAAAGGAACUUGCUUUUCUCAUUUUGUUAUAUCCAUCUUUAAAAAAUGAACUGUGCAAUAUUAUGGUGCAAAUUGUCCAUUGGAGGCAAGAAAGGUGUGAUUUUUUUCUGUAUUUAACAUGCAAAUUAUGUGUUUUGCCAGGGGUUGGCAGUAUUGUAUCAGUUGAAAAAUAUAUAUAUACUCUUGAACUGAAAAUGUUUAUUUUCCUCCUUGAUGUCAUACUCAUUGCUAUCAUCACCAAUGGAAGUAUGGAUUUAGCACUUACUUUACACUUAUUUCCCUUUUCCCCAGGUACUGCUGUGUAUAGAUACUGUUGUACAUUGUUUUUUGUUUUUUUGUUCAUUUCAUUUUUCAGAUGUGGUAACUACACAGUGAUUGUAGUUUGUAAAGACAAAAUUACUGUUCUUGUUGUUA